AUGUCGCCCGUAACAGACGUCCUUCGUCCCCUCGUGAUCUCUGGACCGUCUGGCGUGGGUAAAAGCACCCUUCUCCAACGCCUCUUCACCGAAUUCCCAGACAAAUUCGGGUUCAGCGUCUCCCACACCACACGCGCCCCCCGUCCAGGGGAGCUCCAUGGAAAGCAGUACUACUUUGUGCAACGCGAAACAUUCCAGCAGCUGCUCCGAGAGGGCGCGUUCAUUGAACACGCCGAGUUCUCGGGCAACUUCUACGGGACAAGUUUCAUGACCGUGCGCGAGAUCACACAGACCGGUAGGCGGUGUAUACUAGACAUCGAGGCGCAGGGUGUUCAACAAAUCAAGAAGACCGAUCUGAACCCGGUCUAUUUGUUUAUAUCGCCUCCAUCUCUGACCGCCCUGCGAAGCCGACUGCGGGCCCGAGGAACUGAAUCCGAGGCAUCAGUUGCAAAGCGCUUAGCGGCAGCGCUCAGAGAGAUAGAGUAUGCAAAGGAGGGUGUACACGACUCCGUCAUUGUCAACGAUGAUUUGGACACUGCAUAUGAGAAACUCAGACACGUAGCCCUGGGAGAGGACAUUAAGAGCGACUCAUUGCCGCCAUUGGAUGAUUAG